CUCGCAGCCAAGCGUGUUGAUAUGCAGCUUGUCAGAUUCUGGCCUGUCAGUUGGGCAUGUCGGGCUCUCUGCUUCUUCUGACAUCUGUCUACUAAGAUAGGUUGUCGCCAUGAAUUCUAUAUAACAUGUGCGCCGGUUGCUUAAUCCAGGUGAAAUCAGAACGACAUUCACUAUCACCCCAUCAAACAUCGACAUGGCUCAGACGGUGCAUCCUAACAAUAUUGAAUCCCGUCACUACAUCAACGGCGUCUUCUCAUGCUCUAGCGAUGGGAAGACUUUUCCCCUCAAAUCGCCCUAUUCUCACAACCAUAUCGCAGACGUCAGUGAGGCUUCGGUUGAUGAUACCAAUCGUGCCGUAGCUGCUGCCAAGGCCGCAUUUCCAGCCUGGUCGAACUUCGAUGUUCCUACCCGAGCAGCAUUCAUGAAGAGAAUGGCGAAGCUUAUCAGAGAGGCAGAACAUGAGCUUGCUCAGCUAGAUGCUUUGUCCAUGGGUCGGCCAGUGUCGACUUACUUUGAUGCGACUUAUGCUGCCGCGCAAAUGGACCACUACGCCGAAGCCGGUUGGGAAGCACAGGGAAUGACCAGUCUUAAUACGCCGGGGUAUGUGAACAUGACCUUCAGGCAACCAUUCGGACCUGUUGCAAUCAUCAUCCCUUGGAAUAUACCGGUAGCAAUGUGGGCGUCGAGGGUCGCCCCUGCUCUGGCCGCUGGCUGCACCGUUGUCCUGAAAUCGAGCGAGAAAGCGCCGUUGAGUUCUGCCAAGCUGGCGUCACUAGCUCAUCGAGCGGGGUUUCCCCCUGGGGUCAUCAAUGUCCUGAGUGGCCAUGGCACUCCCUGCGGGACAACACUUGCAUCGCACAUGGACAUUCGCGUAAUUAACUUCACGGGAUCGUCCGUGACGGGCCGAGCAGUUCAGACGGCCGCUACAUCAUCUAAUCUGAAGAAGGUUAUUCUCGAGUUAGGGGGCAAAUCGCCGACACUAAUCUUCGACGACGCCGAUGUUGACAUAGUCGCGGCUGAUACAGCCAGAUCCGUACUGUUCAAUUCUGGUCAGACCUGCAUGGCCGGUACUAGGAUCUACGUGCAAGAGUCCAUCGCAGAGUCCUUCAUGUCAGCAUUUGUGGAAUUGUUCUCCGCGGCGCAGAAGGGUGAUCCGAUGCUCGCGAGCACGGAGAUGGGCCCGCAGGCAGACCAAAUACAGUUCGAGCGCAUCAAAGCGUACAUCGCUGCUGCGCGAUCUGAGACGACCGGCACGCUCCUCACCGGGGGCAGAGCCUCGCACGAAACCGGGGACGGCGGCUACUUCAUUGAACCCACCGCCUAUUGCCAUGUCAGAGAGGACGCUAAGACGCAAAAGGAAGAGAUUUUCGGCCCGUUUGUUAACAUCAAUACAUUCAAGACGGAAUCAGAAGCCAUCGAAAAGGCGAAUGCUACAGAAUACGGCCUGUACGCUUCCGUGUAUACGAAAGACCUCAGCCGCGCGCUUCGCGUGGCAAAAGCGUUUGAGUCCGGGUUUGUGGCAGUCAAUUGCACAAGCCCGACAAGCCCUCAAGAUAUGCCUUUUGGUGGCUACAAAUGCUCCGGUCAGGGUCGUGAAGGUCUUGGACAUAGCCUUUCAGAGUACCUGGAGUGUAAGAGUGUUGUUAUAAAACUAGAGUGAACUGCAACCAAUGUAUACUAGACUUGCUGUCACUAUGGUACAGAGAUGGGUAAAAGAACACUGGAUUACGGUGUCUUUAACACUGGUGUGUGGUGUCUUCAACACCGCGCCCCAGUGUUUUCCACAUAAAAGAUAGGUUGUUUUAGGUAAAAUACACCGUAAAUUUAGGUAACAUACCUUAGCGUUAGGUAUUACCUAAAUUUGCGGUGAAUCUUUCCCAAUGCAGUAUUUUUUGCACGGUAU